AUGGGUUCAAAGUCAAUGCUUCUUGUUGCCUUACUUGUCGGCUCUCUAGCUUUCACUUCAUUUGCUAGUGUCGCUAACAGGAAGCUUAAGAGUGGUCUCGAGGAUCAAAAGACGUUCUUCCACCAUCCAGGCGGUGGUCUUGGUGGAGGCGGCGGCUUUGGUGGAGGCAGUGGCCUUGGUGGAGGAGGCGGUCUUGGCGGAGGAGCUGGUGGUGGUUUAGCCGGAGGAGCUGGAGGCGGUCUAGGCGGCGGCGGUGGUUUAGGAGGAGGAGCUGGAGGAGGAUUUGGUGGAGGAGCUGGAGGCGGUGGUGGGCUUGGUGGAGGCGGUGGUGCUGGUGGUGGAUUUGGAGGUGGAGCUGGUGCUGGGGGUGGACUUGGAGGAGGAGCCGGUGGUGGUGGUGGAUUUGGAGGAGGAGGAGGAGCAGGUGGAGGUCUCGGUGGUGGAUUCGGAGGGGGAGCCGGUGCUGGAGGUGGUUACGGCGGUGGAUUUCCUUGA